UAUCUCACACAAACCCACAAAAGCCUUCACAUUGCUCUUUAGCUCGAAGAGCCAUCAAUGGCUUCCUUCAACAGAAGCUUCUUCUUCUUCUUCAUCACCGUCAUCCUCUCCACUCUUCUUCUCUCCACUCAACAAAUCCAUGCAAGAGAGAGCUUCUUCUUUCACAAGUUCCAAAGAGACAGGAACCCUAGCUCUGUCCCUGUCGAGGCAACUCAUGAGAAGACAUCGGUAGAACUUCCCCCCAAGAAAGAGCAACAAGAACCUAGCUUUGUCCCCGAAUCCGAAAACGGGUACGGUCUGUACGGUCACGAGACCACAUACGACAACAAAAACAACAACAACAACAAUGAGGAGUUCAAGUACGAGGAAAAUGUCAACUACGAGCCAUCCAACACUCCAACAAGCCUGAGCCAAGCCGAUGAUGAGUCCUACAACCUCGAUAAGUACUCUAAAGACAACGAAUAUUACAACAAUAACAACAACGACAACAACGAAAACUAUUACAACUCGAACGCUUUCGGGAGGGAGAGAUCAAAAGGGUACAACAGUUACAACAACGAGGAGGAGGAGAGGCAAGGCAUGAGCGACACGAGGUUCAUGGAGAAGGGUAAGUAUUUCUUCGACCCUAACGACGACAAGAACCACGGCGACAUGUACAAGAAACAUUACAGGAACAAGCCAAGUUAUCAAGUAAACAACUAUAAUUCCUUCAGACAAAACAACAACGAAGAAAACGGCUUCCAAGAUCCGUACAACAGCCCCAAGUGGGAGAAGAACACGAUGAACGAGCAAGAGCAGGAGCAAGAGUUCGGAGGUGAAGAGCAACAAGAACAGUUCGCGCCAUGAAAGAUUAUUAUAAAUAUGAUUGUUCGGUCCAUCAAGAUAUAUACGAAACGUAUAAUAGCGUCGUUUUAUGGUUUUUAAGUUUUUAAGUUAUGGUGGGUGUUUAAUCAAAAACCGUACGUGUUUGUUUGUGAAAUGUAAAAGGAAAAAAAAAAAAUUUCUUUUUGGACUGUUUUAUA